GCAUGCGCAGUGCGGCCCGAGCGGAGAAACAGAGAGACGGGCUCGAGGCUCCGCCGUCCGGCCGCGAGCAAAAACCCGAAGCGACGGAAAUCCGGAUCAGAAAUAAAUGAGAAUAAAACCAGAACCGAGCGGAACCAACUGAGACCGGCUGCAUCCGGAUGUAACGGGAGCGCGUCCGUCCGCGUGCGCACGGCCAACAGGAGACACACAGCGGGACAGAGAGACACAUAAGGAGACACUAGGAGACAUUAGGAGACACUAGGACAGGUAAAGAGACGUGGGGCGGGACAUCCAGCGGCGGGACGGCGGCGGCGGCAUGCUGCUGGAGCGAGUCGUGAACUGAAUCCGGUUUGAAGCGUCUGGAGUUUGGAGGAAGUCGUCGUUUCCUGCCUGACAGCUUGGAUGUAAAGAGGACCUGAGGGAGGACAUGAUGUCCCUGAGGCGGACCCGUCCCCCUGUCCCUCUGGUCUUGGUCCUGGUCCUGGUCCUGACCCGGGCGGCGGCGGCGGCGCGGCCCGACAGGAGCAAAGACGAACACGUGGGCGCCACAGUGAACGCCACCGUGCUGGACGGGCGGGGAAACCCUGUGCACAUGAUGAGCAGCGACGACGGGACGUACGGCCAGAACUCACCCAAGACCGACACCAGGGGCGUCGUGCUCGCACCCGCACCUUACCAUGGAGUGGUGGACCGGCAGGGCUGCGAUCCAAACACCCGCUUCCUUGUCCCCCCGCGGACCGUCCACUGGGUGGCGCUGCUGCAGAGAGGAAACUGCACCUUCAAGGAAAAGAUCCUGAAGGCGGCGGCUUUCAACGCCUCGGCCGUCCUCAUCUACAACAACUCCACCGACAAGACGGUCAAGAUGGGCCACGAAGGAACCGGUGACACGGUGGCGGUGAUGAUCACGGAGGCGUACGGGAAGGAGAUCCUGGCCCACCUGGAGAGGAACCUGACGGUCCUGGUGACCGUGGUCGUCGGCCAGCGCAGUCCCGCCAAGAACAUCAACCGAGGGUCUCUGGUCUUCGUCUCCAUCUCCUUCAUCGUCCUGAUGAUCAUCUCCUCGGCCUGGCUCAUCUUCUACUUCAUCCAGAAGAUCCGCUACACCAACGCUCGCGAUCGCAGCCAGCGUCGUCUUGGCGAUGCGGCGAAGAAAGCCAUCGGGAAACUGACGACGAGGACGGUGAAAAAAGGAGACAAGGAGACAGACCCAGACUUCAACCACUGUGCGGUGUGUAUCGAGGGCUACCAGCUGAACGAUGUGGUUCGCAUUCUGCCCUGCAAACACGUCUUCCAUAAGAUGUGUGUUGAUCCGUGGCUGAACGAGCACUGCACCUGUCCCAUGUGCAAACUGAACAUCCUCAAGGCCCUGGGCAUCAUGCCCAGCCUGCCCUGUGUGGACAGUGUUGUGUUGGACGUGGAGCGUUUAGGUGCGGCUCCGUCGUCCAGCACGCAGCGGACGGUCCUGAGCGACAGCAGCCAGGCCUCCAUCAGCCUGGAGCCGCUCAGCCCCGCCCACUCUGAAGCCCCGCCCAGGACGCCCGCCGAGAUCAACAUCGCCGUCACCAGUGGACAUUUCUUCAACAGGACCUCCAUGUCCCCUCGCAGUGUGGUGUGUGAGAUGGAGCUUCCCGACAUCCAAGCGUCGCUCGACCUCUACGACGACAACAAGUCGUGAGGUUUGUCGUCAUGGUAACACCCCCGUGCGAUGGACGGCUGACCUUAAUGGACGGACCUGGAGGUGUUGAUGGGGAGGAGGGGGGGUGGGGGGGGUGGGGGGGUGACGACAGCCUGGACAGACCUUUGAACAUCCAUUCUUCCAUCAGACUCUGUUCCUCUGAGGAGCCGCUCUCAGUACGUUCCUGUUCUUCUUCCAUGUUCAUUUUCCCAGAAUGCACCUGUGUCGGGGUGCGGCGCCGGCAGUAGGGCUUCACUCUGUUAGUCUGACUCUGCAGCAGCUAGCAACAACCACUGCAGUCCAUACGAAGCUCGAGUGUCAUGUCAGUGUAGCCCCUCUCAGUAUCACCUGUGUAUAUACGACCAGCUAACCGCCAUGAGAUUUAGCUUCCCGUAGCUCCGCUCUGAUUGGCUCACAGACCGGCGGGACACGUCGUGAGCCGCGAGCGGACGGUGAGCGGGGCGGAGCCCGACGCCCGCGGGAGCCCGUCAGAGAUGUGAAUGGUAACCCGAGAAGCUCCGUGUAAACAGUGUUAGUCUCCUGUAGCUCGAUGUUCCUCUGUAGGAGGAGACAUUCUCAUGUGUAUCAGCUUGUGAGCCUCAGCUGUACCUCCUGAGGAACUCCUAUUUACCGUAUCUACCACCUGUAUACACCUUACCGCUCACCUGGCCUCUGCUCCUUUGGUUCUCAAGCUAAUCAGGUGCAGGAACUUCUCCCUUCUGUUCUCAGCCCCUUGUGUUCUGUCUGUGUGUCUGAUGUCCUGUGCCGCGGUGAUGAAGACGAGGAGGAGGAGGAGGAGGAGGAGGAGGAGGAGGAGGAGGGGGGUGAUGAUGGCGUGGCGCCGGGACAGGAGGGUGUUGCUUGUCUGGGUUUUCGUUCACUGUGUUUCAUACAGUACUGCCUCAACAUUAAAGUGUCAUUAUUGCC